CUUGUAGGAGAUAGAAGGGGCCGGGUGAUCGUUGGUUUGUGAUGUUUUGUGCAACAAACAGUCGAUCUUCAAAUGUGUUGGAUAGGAUAGUGCUGAGCCGCUCGUGAUGCGGCACAGGAGAACCCCUCAUCUAGAUACGUUUGUUGGAGCAGACGGAAAAGAAUAGCCUCGCUUUCGUGCUACAAAAGAGAGAGAAUCUGCCCGUGAAUGAAGUCGAGUUCAGAUGAAAGCCACUCAGCAAUUCAACAGCCUCUCUCACUUCACAUCAUAAACCAUCAAUACCCAACCACUCUUACCUCAAAUCCACUCACGAUAUCCUCAUAACAGAAAUGGCUCCCAAGCUCAAGAUCGCGGCCAUCCAAGCCGAGCCCGCCUGGAACGACCUCGAGGGCGGUGUCACCAAGUCCAUCGCUCUCAUCGAGGAGGCUACCAGCAAGGGCGCCAACGUCGUCGGUUUCCCCGAGGUCUUCAUUCCCGGAUACCCAUGGAGCAUCUGGGCCAAGUCCCCCACCGACAAUGCCGGCUUCAUGGGCGAGUACUUUCGCAACUCGCUCGUCAAGGACUCUGACGAGAUGAAGCGCAUCUGCGCCGCCGUCAAGGAGGCCGGUGUGUUUGUCGUUCUUGGCUACAGCGAGCGUUUCAAGAACACCUUGUACAUUUCCCAGUCCUUCAUCGACGAGAACGGCGUCAUCGUUCACCACCGCCGCAAGAUCAAGCCUACUCACGUCGAGCGCGCCUACUGGGGCGACGGCCAGGGCGAGUCCCUCCAGACCGUCGCGCCGAGCACGCUCCACCCCGAGGUCAAGAUCGGCGGCCUCAACUGCUGGGAGCACACGCAGACGCUCCUCCGCUACUACGAGUACGAGCAGGACGUCGACCUGCACGUCUCCAGCUGGCCUGUCCUCUGGCCUCAUCCGACGGACAAGGACGGCGUCAGGCAGGCCGACUGGCCGCACCACAUCACGGACGAGAUGAGCGUGCGCUUCUCACAGGUGGUGGCGCUCGAGGGCGCGUGCUUCGUCAUGGUCUACACGCAGGUCGUCAGCGAGGAGUCCAAGAAGCGGUGCCGGAUCGACGAGUUUGGGUACGCGAACAACUCGGUCGGCGCGGGUGGCGGCUUCAGCAUGAUUUACUCGCCCUUUGGCGAGGAGCUCGUCCAAGCGCCCGCCGCCUGGGGAGGAGUGCAUCUUGUAUGCUGAUGUCGACCUCGCGGAGAAGGCCAAGGCGAAGCAGAACCUCGACAUUGUUGGACACUACUGCCGUCCUGACCAGCUGAGUCUGCAGGUGAACAAGUACCCUGCGCGUCCCGUUCACUACGCGGCCGACCCUUGAGAGGAAUGUUGCUGGGAGAAUGGAUGGAUCAAUGAUGAGAUCAGAGACUGUUUCUAGUUAGUAGUGAAAGGCUGUUGGGGAUUCCCAGGAAAGCGAGAUAUCAGUUGGACGAGUUUGAGGGAUGAGUGCGUCUUUUUGUCAAGCAGAGAGGAAGUUGAGCAGCAUAUAAUUAGUUGUGAUAUCGCCCAAGUACUUAGUAAUUAUCAUCAUCUCUCUGAAAAUAUUCAGCCCCUCUCUCAGCU